AUGGAGACCAAAAAGGACCAGGAGAGUGCUGAAGAAGAUGAUAUAUAUGUGAAGUUUAGUUCUUUCGGACAUUACAUGACUCAGGGUUUGAAGCGGCUCUAUGAGACCCAGCAGCUCUGUGAUGCCAUCUUGGUAGCUGAAGGAAAGAAUUUCCCUUGCCACAGGGCACUGUUGGCUUCAUUCAGCCCUUACUUCCAUGCCAUGUUCACCAGACCCUUCAGAGAAUGCUGGGAAAGGCAAGUUGUGUUUGAAGAGAUGGCCUCUUGCAUCCUUCAGAAGAUUCUUCAUUAUCUCUACACUGGGGAACUCUUGCUUACGCCAGAGACUGCUCAAGACCUCUUUACAGCAGCAAGUAGGCUGGUCAUCCUCCCACUACAGGAGAUUAUCGGCAGAUUCCUUGCUGACAGCAUUUCUAUGGACAGCUGCCUAGGGAUUUAUGCUCUGGCCUAUGCUCACAACCACCAAGCUUUACUUCGUGUGGCUACACACCACAUCACCUUAAACUUUGAGUCCCUUUCUGAACAUGACGCAUUCCCGGAACUGGACCUUAGUACAGUGAUCAGCAUCCUGUCCUCAGACAAGCUCCUGGUGUCUUCCGAGUUGACUGUCUACCAUGCUGUGCAGCACUGGGUGAGGUCUCAACCAGCCACGCAUUUCUCACUGAUCAAGACGCUGCUGGGACAGGUCCGCCUCCCCCUUCUAACAUCCGAGGAGAUCAUGACCGUCCAGAAGGACAUCCUCGCAGAAUACGGGCAUGCUCACCUGCAGUGGGAGCAGCUUGAUGGAGCAGGGAGGCUGCUGAGGAGCGGAGGUCUCAGGCACGGCAUGUAUGAUGACUGGAUCGUCAGCCUGGGCCUCUUCGUAAGCAACAUGCAAGGCGGAGUUGUUGAGCGCCUGAAGACUCACUUCUUGGGGUUCAACCUACAGACAGAAAGUUGGGAGGAGAUCCCACCCUUGAUGUAUCUCGACUCCUCCGGCUUCCUGUCCGUGGGGCACAAACUCUACGUCUCGGGGGGCCAAAGGCUCAAUGGCUCUGUCUUGGGCAAUUUGCACGAGUUUGAUGCCCUCACAGGCCAGUGGGUUCAGCUGCCUUCCAUGUCUGUCCCCAGGCGAGAACACGGCUUUCUAGCCUGUAAGCAGAAACUGUACGCCCUGGGAGGGCGCAGUGGCCGGAGUGUGCUUGAUUCUGCAGAGAGCUUUGACCUGGUGCGAGAGUCUUGGUCGCCCAUUGCCAGCCUGCCAUUUGCAGUGAGCCAUUUUGCUUCGGCCACACUGAAGAACCAGUUGUACCUGAUCGGGGGGUUCUCACAUACCAGGUCAAGUGGCCUUGCUCACCGGGGCAUCCUGAUCUAUGACACGGGCCUCAAUGUGUGGAAUCAGGUGCCUCUGGCCUUCCAGUGCUACAAGUCCACUGCGGUGGCCAUGAACAACGGGAUCUUUGUCAUUGGCGGGUUGGUGGAGGAAAGCAGCUGCCGGGAGACCCCCGGCACCGUCAUCCGGGCUCUGAUCUCCGGCACGCAUAAGUGCUUUUUCCUCAGCAAGGACGGCACAGUGAGCCACGACGUCUUCAUCCCAGAACUUCCCAUCCUGGUCUUGCCGCCCUGUGCUGUGCAGUGGCAGAGAAGGAUUCACGUGCUGGUAGGGAACACCAUUUACCAGUGGAAGCCUGGAGAACGGAGCUGGACCAGGAGCCGAAAGAAUGCUCCCAGCACAAGAGUGACAUUCUUAACCGUCAUUAAUGGGGUGACACUGAGGGUACCCAAGAAAACUCUGCAGCCCCUCUUGCGAGAAGCCUCGGCAGCCUUGACAGCAGUUUGGGUGGCUGACAAGUAA